CAAAUACACACACACUGACACACCCAUACUGUGUGUGUGUGUGUGUGUGUGUGUGUGUGUGUGUGUGAGAAGGGUGUGGCUCCAGGGCUUAAAGCCGCUCCUGGUUCCUGCAGAGUCAGUGAGUGUCUGCAGCUCUCAGGUGAACUCAGGUUCCUGUUUCCUGUCGUUGAGUCGGGACUCGUUGACCACGCCCAAACACACACGCUGUUUAAAGCUCCUGUGAGUGUGUGUUUCACAGAGCAGCAGCAUGGACCUCUCAGACGCUCUGGAUGGUUGGCCCUCUGGUGGCAACCAAUCAGGAGGUGGUGGCCCAUGGCCUGGACAACCCUCCAAUCCCACCUGGCCAGGUCAGCCCACUAACAACCCCACCUGGCCUGGAGGUCAGUCUGGAGGUGGACCCAUGUGGCCUGGAGGAAACCCCAGCCAGCCUGCCUGGCCCUCCCCCUCCCCACAACCCUCAGCACCUGGAGGAUGGCCCAGUCCUGCACCUGGACCUGGACCUGGACCCACCAUCCCCAGUGCCCCCCAACAGAAUCUGGCAGUGCCGUACUCACAGAUGCUGCCCAGUGGAGUUUAUGACAAACUCCUGAUCACCAUCGCUGGAACCAUCAAACCCAACGCUGACAAGAUCACAGUGGAUCUGUCCACAUCGAGUGACCUGGCCUUCCACUUCAAUCCUCGCUUCAAUGAGGGUGGCCAGCAGGUGAUCGUCAGGAACAGCUGCAUUGGCAAGAAGUGGGGCAAAGAGGAGAGAGAACUGCAGCGUUUUCCCUUCGCCAAGGGACAGUCGUUUGAGAUGAAGAUCCUGUGCACCAACAGGGAGUUUAAAGUGGCCAUCAACAACUCUCACCUGCUGGAGUACAAACACCGGAUCACCAACCUGAGUGCCAUCAACAAACUCAACAUCUACUACGACCUCACCCUGUCCAAGGUCCACAUGGAGACCUUGCCCUGAGACAGAUCACCAGAUCCAUCACCAAAUCCAUCACAGAAUGAAGGGUUGGGGGAGGGUGGAUCCAUCUGUCUACAGGGGAUCGUCAAUUAAUUCAUAAGAAAUCCAACACUAUACUAAUACUAUAUAUAUCAUAGAUAGAAGGAUCUACUGGGGAUCCACCAGAGAGCUAAUGUACAUCAUCUGUAGAUCAUCAUUUUCUAAAAUAGGCAGAUUCAUCAGAUUCCUUCCAUAGAUCUACAAAAGAUUUUCCAUAGAUUCUGUAGAUCCAGAGAAAUUGAUCAGUAAACAAUCAUCCUCAGUGGAUCCUUUUGUAAUAGUCUCUUUUUGUACUCAGGUGACUCAGAAAUAAAGGCUUUAUCUUUAACCACCA